CCGAAAAAAAAUGGAAUCAUAUUUUUCGUACAUUUUCUGUUCAAUUCUUGUGCUUUAGAGAAAUUUUGUUUUUUGGUUUUGCUGAUUUGGGAUUUGGUGGUGUUAAAGGAUGCGGAGCUUGCCCAAGUAAUGGAAGGAUCAAUUGAUUAUGAUCCCAUUACUCCUGAACUGUAUCAAAGGGUAUCUUCAAUAAUCCAUGUGAAAGAGGAAGAUGUCAUUACCAUCUCUUGUUCACCAAUGAAUUCUGGUUAUCGUUGUCGUCUUUUGAGGUUACUGGCAGGGCAGUUCAAAAUUUAUUUCAAACCUUCAAGGAUUGCCAUUGUUGUGGCUAGUAUGUGUUCACAAUUUUGCUCUCCAGGUACCAUGGGUACUUCUCGGGUGACAAAAAAUCCCAAGCACAACAGCAGGUUACUUCUAGGGUGCCAAAAAAUCCCAAGCACAACAUCCUGAAGCUAAAGUCGUAUUGGCUUGCAUACCAGGAGCUGAUCCAUGUUUACUUCGAAGCGACUGAUGUUAUUAUCAACUCUAUCAUUGUUUCUCAGUGUAGUGCUAAG